AUGGCCGACACUAAGGCAAUCAUUGCCACCGCCACAGUAUUAUACGGCAAGAUCUCUCGCGCGUACGAGAACCUUAGGAAGCUCGGCGAGGCCAAUAUCACCCUCGGGGCGGUGGAGGCCCGGCUUCUAAAUCUCGAGAAGCUGUGGGAGAAAUUCGACGGAAUUAACGAUAUGUUAGCCGAUCGCGUGGACGAAAUACGCCACGAUGUCUACGCAAAACAAGACAUCCCUUCGUUGGGCGAAGAGGCUUACCUGCUGAACAAGGGCCUCAUGCUCGACUUGAAGAGUGCUCUCCAGAUUCAACUGCAGGCAGCCAGCUCUACCUCGAUCGCAACAACGGCUUCCGCUCCUUGGACAGCGCUGCCGAAAAUCCAGCCGCCGACCUUCGCCGGAAAAUACGAGGACUGGCCUUCGUUCCGAGAUCUUUUCCAAUCAAUCAUCGGUAGGAACCAGGCAGCAAAACCUGUGGAGAAGCUGCAUUAUUUAAAGCUUUGCGUAAAGGGUGACGCUGAUCUGCUCAUUCGGAACCUCAGCACCACGGACGAUAACUACGACAUUGCCUGGAAGACGCUGAGUGACUAUUAUGAAAACAAAAGAUUACUGACGCGUAAUUAUCUCAACAAUUUUUUGAUGUUGACCAAGAUGAAGAGCGAAUCCGCCGCUGAAUUGAGGCGACUUUUCCACGGGGUCAAAACUACGGUCAGCUCACUAAAGAGCAUCGAUCGACCAAUAAACCGCACGGAAGACCUCUUCGUCCACCUAGUCGUCGAGCUACUCGACAAUCGCUCCAGGCGAGAAUGGGAGAGUGACAUCAGUCACACGACGAAUCCGCCUUCCUACUCCGAGCUGGAGGCCUUCAUAGAACGCCGACUUCAUACUUUGGAGGCGCUGUAUCCGGCCAGGAACGAAAGCGGCAGCCACAGCCCUUCGAAGUCAACUCGGAGCCACUACGUAAAAAGGCAAGACCCGAAAGAGAAGCCCAGGGGCCGGUGCUCCAUCUGUCAGGGGGACCACUUUGUGAUGUUCUGCGGCGACUACAAGGGCAAGACGGCGAUGGCUCGCAAACAGCUCGUCAGUGAACACAAACUCUGCUCAAACUGCCUUGGACGCCAUCAGUUUUCGGAGUGCGCUUCGAAGAAGACGUGUACAGCGUGUGGCAGUCAACAUCACUCCUCGCUUCACGACGCCUUCCGGGAAGCCGAGCCCUCUACGACUUCACAUGUGGCCCAAGGUACACAUUCUUCCUCCGCUACGGUGCUGCUCGCCACGACCAGGGUCCGCGUCCUCGACUGCCACGGAUCUUGGCAGUCCGCUCGCGCCCUAAUCGACCAGGGAUCCGAAUCAUCCAUCAUCUCGGAACGACUAGCGCAGCGACUACGACUCCCUCGAAUAGCAGCCGCCGUGAGUGUCUAUGGAGUCGGAGAAAGAAGGACCGAAGUAUCAAAAGGGAAGGUGAGACUUACCCUACAGUCGUGCCGCGGUGAAUCGUCCACCCUCGUCGACGCGUUAGUGCUGCCGAAACUUACCUUGUUCUCCGGAGGAUGCCACAGCCGUAUGAGCGCUUGGACCCAUCUGAAGGACCUGGAGCUCGCCGACCCGGAAUUCAGCUCCUCGGAUCCCGUCGACAUCCUGUUGGGAGCCGACGUAUAUGGGACCAUCAUUUGCCAGGGCCUACAAAAGGGAGGUCCUCAGGAGCCUGUAGCGCAACAAACCUCGUUGGGCUGGAUCCUUUCGGGUACCGUUAACUCGACGGCGCCCGGCCAACGUGUUUCCACUCACCACUGUCAAAUCGAGGAGGACAUCACCUGCUUGGUGCGGCGGUUCUGGGAGCAGGAGGAAGUUCGCCGGCCAUCUCCGAUCCUCACCAAGGCCGAACUGGAGUGCGAAGAACACUACCGGCGACAUCAUACUCGCUCUCCAGAUGGCCGGUACAUCGUGCGGCUGCCAACAAUCGAGCCUAUCCCUGACCUGUCGGGGACUCGACGCGCCGCAAGUCGUGCUCUGCAUCAUAUGGAAAAAAGAUUCAAGAAAGAGAGCGACUUCCAAAGCAUGUAUGUCGAUUUUAUGCAAAAUUACAAGGACCUUAACCAUAUGAUGCCUGCGCCAGAACCUGCUGAAUCGCAUCGAGGUGCCUGCUACCUGCCGCAUCAUGGUGUGUUGCGUCCAGACAGCACCUCCACAAAAUUGAGGGUAGUCUUCAACGGCUCGAGCUCCUUGCCAAACGGAGACUCCCUCAAUAACUACCUCUCAACUGGGCCAAAUCUGCUUCCUUCGCUAGCCGAUAUCCUGCUGCGCUGGCGACGUCAUCGUUACGUCUUCGCGACGGACAUCGAAAAGAUGUAUAGGCAGAUACUGGUGCACCCUGACGACCAAAACCUGCAAAGGAUAUUGUGGAGAGAGAACGCCAACGACGAAAUCAAGGAGUACUGGCUAGGUACCGUUACUUACGGUUUAUCCUGUGCUCCUUAUUUGGCGAUCCGCACUUUACGCCAACUGGCCGAGGACGAAGGACAUCGCUACCGAAAAGGAGCCCUCAUCCUGCUGAGCGACGUCUACAUGGACGACAUCCUGGCCGGUGCGGAGACCAUGGAGGAAGCCGAAGUCAUGCUGCAACAGCUGAUUGACAUCUGCAAGGCGGGCGGCUUUUCACUGAAAAAGUGGUCGGCAAACGACUCGCUAUUGCUGAACACAGUGGAGCCCGACGACCGUCUUCGACAAGAGGCCAGAUGGUGGCUGCCCGGAGAGAGUCACUCCACUCUCGGACUUCGAUGGCAACCGUGCAACGAUCGCUUCGCCUUCGCCACUCAUCAGAUCACCCUCUCGGCGGUCACCAAAAGAUCGGUCCUCUCCUUGACGGCGAAGUUGUUUGAUCCACUCAGCUGGCUGUCUCCAACUACUGUGCUGGCCAAGAUCAACAUCCAAACGAUCUGGCUACUGGGCCUUGACUGGGACGUGUCUCUGCCAACCGAGGAAUUAGGCAGUAUAGCGGACUCCCAUCAGGAAAUUCACGGGUUUGCCGAUGCCUCCGAACGCGCCUACGCCGCCGUCCUCUACCUGCGAACCAACACCAACGGAAGUAGCAGAGUGACGCUGUUGGCUGCGAAGACCAAGGUGGCUCCAUUGAAGCAGGUAUCCUUACCUCGUUUAGAGUUAUCGGCCGCCUGUCUUCUCGCUCGACUGGUCGCUCAUGUCGUCCCUCUUAUUGGAGCAGAGAAGGCACCUCUACACCUGUGGUCAGACUCCACUGUGACGCUCGGUUGGAUUCGGGGUCACCCCUCGUCGUGGGUCACUUACGUGGCUAACCGAGUGAGCGAGAUCCAGACGCUAACUCCAGGCGCCCACUGGCAUCACGUCCCCGGCCGAGAUAAUCCCGCGGACUGCGCCUCCCGAGGACUCUACCCCAGCGAGCUGGAGAAUCACUCACUCUGGUGGCAAGGUCCGUCGUGGCUGUCAGCCGGGAGCCACCCUUGGACGACCAACAGCGAGGAGCUUCCAGAGGAUGACCUCCCAGAGAGGCGAGUCCGCACCCACGUCUCCACCAUCGCCGAACUGAGGACCGAACCUGAGAUGCUGCUGCGAUACUCCUCGCUACAACGAUUGCUCGGGAUCACAGCGUGGUGCCGUCGCUGGUUGCGGAUCCAUCGUCAGCCCCACCACGAGCACGGCCAGCUCGGCUUGAUCAGCGCCGACGAAAUCGAGGAAGCCCGGAUCUCCUGGUUGAAGACAGUCCAGGCUGCAGCAUACAAAGAGGAAAUUAGGCAUCUACAAAGGGAGCAACCCCUGCCGUCGCGAAGCUCCCUGCUAAAGCUAAGUCCAUUUCUGGACAGCAAGGGGCUCCUACGCGUCGGCGGGCGCCUGAAACAUACUACCAAGCAAAUCGAACUACACUUGCCUCAUCAUAGACGAUCACCACAAGCGAACGCUGCACGGCGGUACCCAGCUGUCUUUGUGUUCUCUUCGCCAGGAGUAUUGGGUUCCUCGCGGUCGCUCGCUGGUGAAGAGCCGCAUCAGCCGCUGCCCUCCAGGGCAUUCCACCUCGACGCCGCCUCUGACUACACCGCCGACGCCUUCCUUGCCGCCUUACGCCGGUUCAUCGCCAGGAGAGGAGUAUGCCACUCGUUGUAUAGCGACUGCAGCACCACCUUCGGGGGAGCCGACAAGCAGCUAAAGCAACUGUUCUCCACCGCCAGUGCCGACGGACGCCGCAUAGCAUCCUGUGCCGCCCAAGAAAAAAUCCGGUGGCAUUUUAACCCGCCGGCGGCACCUAACUUCGGCGGCUUGUGGGAAGCCGCCGUGAAGGCCAUGAAGCAUCAUCUUCGGCGAGUCAUAGGUGAAGCAACCCUCACCUAUGAAGAGAUGGCGACCCUACUCGCCCAGAUUGAGGCCUGCCUCAAUUCCCGACCGCUGCAGCCAUUGUCUGACGACCCGGAGGAUUUAGCAGCGCUGACACCCGGUCACUUCCUGGUCGGCUCCGCUCUCGCGACGAUCCCCGAGCCGUCGCUCGAACAAGAGCCGUCGGCGCGUCUCUCCCGGUGGCAGCUCCUGCAACAAAUGAAGGACCAUUUCUGGUCUCGGUGGGUCAACGAAUAUUUAAACACGCUGGCCCAUCGACCGAAAUGGUCCCGAAUUAAUCAGGAGGCUCGCGUCGGUCGACUCUGCCUAGUACGGAACGAGAUCACUCUACCCACACGGUGGCCGCUUGCGCGCAUAACGCGACUGCACCCCGGUUCCGACGGUAACGUUCGCGUAGUCGACGUCCGCACCGCGAGCACCAAUUUAACGCGACCCGUGAAUAAAUUAGUAUUUCUGACCGACGGCUCCGAAGCUUCACCGUAA